UAAAUUUUGUGAUUUCAGGCGGUAUCUGGUGAGAUGGCACCUCAUAUUGAACUCAACGAUGGCAAUCAAAUACCCAUGGUGGCUUUAGGGACUGGACGUAUGACUGCAGCCGGGGCAUCAAACGAUGAGGUUCGUGAUGCCGUUUUAUGGGCAAUAGAAGCUGGCUAUAGGCAUAUAGACACCGCUGCCAUCUAUGGAGAUGAAGGUGAAGUCGGCCAAGGGAUAGCCGAUGCUAUCCAGAAAGGAAUUGUUACCAGAAAAGAACUUUUCAUCACUACUAAGCUGUGGAACGACAAGCACGCCCGAGACAUGGUGGUGCCGGCUCUGAAAGAAUCUCUGAAGAGACUAGGCUUGGAAUACGUGGAUCUUUAUCUUAUCCACUUCCCAGUGGCCGUCAAGAGUGAUGAUUCACCUGAUAAUAUUGACUAUCUGGACACCUGGAAGGGCAUGGAGGAUGCUAAACAGCUGGGCUUGGCGAAAUCUAUCGGAGUGUCGAAUUUUAAUCAAACGCAGAUCGAUAGACUGGUCGCUAAUAGUAAGGUUAAGCCUGCUGUGAACCAAAUUGAGGUGAAUCCAACUUUGACACAAGAGCCACUAGUCUCGCAUUGCCAAGCUCUUGGUAUAGCUGUAAUGGCAUACAGUCCAUUCGGAUUCUUGGUAACCAGGAAGUCUGAGAUGGCACCACCACCGAGGGUUGACGAUCCUGCUCUAGUCAAGAUAGCUGACAAAUAUGGAAAGAGUACAGCACAGAUUGUAUUGAGAUAUUUGGUUGAAAGAGGAUUAAUACCCAUUCCAAAAUCAACAAACAAGGAGCGAAUCAAGCAGAAUAUCGACCUAUUCAAUUUCAAACUCACCAAAGAAGAAAUGGAAACUAUAAAUAAAUUCAAUAAGAACAUCAGAGUCGUCAGCACGCCUUUCUGGAGAGAUUAUCCCAAUUUUCCUUUUGAACGAACAUAA